UAAAACCACUCGGAAGCUGCUUCGCCUCACUGCAGAAGCCCAACUGUUUAAUAAAACUUGGCAUUUGCUUUUACUGUGUUUAUAUUUAUAUUUACUCGGGACGGAGGAUGUCUUUCCCCUCCUCUUUCGGUUCGCAGGUCGCGGCCAUCAUGGAUGUGUUAGCGAAAGCUGCGGUCGCCGAAAUAACGAAGCUGGUGGAGGACGGUAAUGUGAUGCUGCGCCUGGAGAUGUGUCGGAGGGACAGCGAGAUUCAGGAGCUCAAAACAAGUUUGAAGCUGAUGGAGGUUGAACUCUGCAACGCUCAGGAAGCCGCCGCGACCCGAGCUACGGAGGACAAACCGGAACAAACAGCCGGGAAUCAGGUACCGCGAAAAGAUAAAAAAGAAGAUGAGGAAACAUGCGCAGUGUAUCUGGAACCAAAGGCUGCUCAUUCACUGUGCCAGCCCGGCCAUGGAACAGAGGAGAGCCAUGACAUGAGCCCAGCGGUGAAACACGAGCCCGCCGAUGAACUCGCCACACAGGAAACGGCAGACAACACCGGAACAGCAGACAACACUGGAACAGCAGACGUUUGCUUUGAGCUGGGAGAGCCAGAUGACCUGAUCUGGCCUCCUCCUGCUUGUAGCAUGUUUGAGAAAAGCUCUGUUGCAAUGCAGCCGCACAUAUCACUUUUCUCACCUCAUGCUGAGCAAUAUGCCGCUCCUAGAAAUACAGAAAGUCAACAUAACUCUUCAUCAGCCGCAGCAGAGGGAAUUGCAGAUGAUACCUUAAGUGUGCCGAUAAAAGUAGAGGUAGAUAUUCACCCCAUGUGCGUGGGAAGUACCACUUUAGAGUCUGUUCCUAAUGAACAGUUCAGACGUGCUUCACACCCUGCAGUCAGUCAGGACCCGUGCUCGCAACAGGCUGGGCCAUCACUAGCCCCGCCCCAUCCACAGAGGGCCACAGCAGCCGGUUUAGAAUCACACACAGAGGAUCACAUCCUCAAUAGAAACCACUUAAGAGCAAAACGGCUAAUGAACGUUUGGAGAACAAAUCAGAAACUGUUCAUCUGCUCGGUCUGCAACAGGGGUUUCCCUCGCAUGUCUCAGCUUGAAGAACACAAGGCCUCCCACCAACUCUUGAAACCUUUCAGGUGCCUCGAAUGCGGGAAAUCGUUCACCCAGAAGACCCGGCUGAAGACGCACCAGAGUGUGCACACGGGGGAGAGGCCGUUCAGUUGCAAAAUCUGCGGCAAGAUGUUUUCCAGGCAGGACAACUGCCUGAGGCACGAGCGCUUCCACAGCGGGCUGAAGCCGCACAGCUGCGGACAGUGUGGCAAAAGCUUCACUGUGCUGGGUAACCUCAAAAUCCAUCAAGAGAUUCACCUGCAAGGAAGAUAGCGCUCAGAAGACAAUUUGCCCGGUGCGCUUUGACAGUUCGAAUGAAUCGAAUGCAACCAUCCAAUGUAUGCUAGGGGUGUAAAUCAUCAUUUUUUUUUAUCACAAUACCAUGUUAUAUUGAUUCUUUGGACAACAAUAGGAUAUUUGCUGAUAUCUUAAAAGUCUGUCACUAUAUGAUUUUGAUUCAAUUCAGGGGCCUGCUGUCGAUACGAGACAAUAUGAUUAAUGCCCAUUUAACACCGUUCCAUUUAUUUCAACUCUGGAGAAGCAACUAAAAUAUGAUUUGACAAUUUUAGUACUGUGCUCUUCCAGACAUUUCAAUAAAACAAUAAAUUGUGGGAAUCUAAAAUAAAGAGGCAUCUUACAGAUGAUAUGUAUCGAUAUCUUAACUUUGCAUUUGAUCAUAUUGGAUCAUGGAUCAUUGAAUCGAUAUAUAUGCGUCCAGAUCGAUGUAUCGUUACACCUCUAAUGUCUGCGUUGCAUUUUAGGGAGCAAAGCAGGGUUGCUGGCAGUGUUCAAGGAAACAUUUGACUGUUAUGUUUACAAAUUGCUGUAACCAGUGUACUGCAUAUGUUGCAGACUCAUAUCGCCCAAGCAUACCCCGCACACAUACUAUAUUUACACUUGUAGUUGUGAAAUUCAUAAUUGGGGAUUUCAGCCUUGAAAUCCAGUAGUAGUGUGGGCUUUUUGUGGCAAUUUUUGAUUUUAGAUAGAUUUACAGCCAUGCAACAGUUUCCCUGCAACAAGCCAAUGCACUUUAUUAAAGGAACACGCUGACUUAUUGGGACUUUAGCUUAUUCACCAUAUCCCCCAGAGUUAGA